GCGAGUACCGCAGCAAAAAAGGAAAGAAAAUUUUGGUUGGUAUUUUCUCCCUUUCCCUCCUGUUUUCUGUCAAGCCAAGCUGCAACAGCUCGUCAAGUCUGAAGACUCUGAAGGAAACAGUGAGCUGAAGAUGGUGUCAAGAAAAGGGGUCGGAGGGAGUGGAGGGGGAGGAGGAGUGGGAGGAGGAGGAGGAGGAGGAGUAGGUGGUGGUGGUGGUCGGUUGAACGACAAGAAGAUCAGCAUCGCUGUGGGUGUGGGUGUCAUUCUUGGGGUUGUGGGGUUCUUGUUGUUCAAACGGGGGGGGGGGUCGACUGUGAAGGUGGUAGAGCCAGAGAAGUCGGAGAAAGAUGACGUAGCGGAGGUGAUGAUGGAGAGGAAGCGACAAGAGGAUGCACUGCCCUCCGUGUACAGGCAACACGUGGAAGAAAGGAUGACAGACAUUGAGCUGUCCGUCGACGUUCUCAGAACCUCUUAUGCCGAUGCGCUGCAGAAAAUGAGGGUGCUGAAAACCCAAAGAGACGCAGCACGAAAACAGCUGGCAGCGGAGCACGAUCUCAGGCUUCGAAUGGAAGAAACCUGUGCAGGGGAGGGAGGGGGAGAUGUGCGCAAGGCGAAGGGAGUAAAGAGGACAGGGCGAGCGAAGGAGAAAGAGGAGGAGGUGGAGGAGGAGGAGGAGGUGGAGGAGGAAGAGGGGGAAGAGGGGGAGGGGGAGGAGAAGGGGGAGGAGAAGGGGCCAAAGGAAGAGGAGGGAAAGGUGCAAAAGGGAGAAGAAGGGGAAGAAGUGCGUACAGGCAAACGAGCGCGGUUGCAGUUAACGACGGCAGCAGGUGCUGAGAACAGAGUGAGAGUGGGACCACCAGGAAGCGUGAAAAGUCAGCGAACGAAUCCUGAGAUCGAACCCGAUCCAACGGUCAACGAGGAGUUGAACGGGAUCCUGGCCAAGGUAGCAAAGAACCGGGAACUGGUCGUCGCCAUUUCAGACAGGAACGUGCAGCCGAUGUUAGACGUAUGGAUCACCAGUCUGAAAAGGAUUCCAGUGACCAACCUUCUAGUAUGGGCACUAGACGACACGAUCGCCGAGUUCUGUACGGAGCAAGGGGUGCCGUUCUAUCGAAGAGAUGCAAGAGCGUCAGCUGCUCAGCAAGGCGUGGGAUCGAAUCACGCCAUAUCGGGACUCAAGUUCGCGUUGCUGAGAGAGUUUCUUGCAUUGGGUUAUGCAGUUCUGUUGUCGGACGUCGACGUAGUCUUUCUACAGAAUCCAUUCGAUCACUUGUAUCGGGAUUGCGACGUGGAAGCGAUGACUGAUGGUACCGACAACGCCACUGCUUACGGGUACAAUGACGUGUCGGAUGAUCCGGCAAUGGGAUGGGCAAGAUAUGCCCACACAAUGAGGAUCUGGGUCUUCAACUCGGGACUCUUCUACGCCCGACCAACGGUUCCUGCCAUAGAACUGUUGGACAGGGUGUCGGCAAGAUUAGCAAAGGAGUCCUCAUGGGAUCAGGCGGUGUUCAACGAGGAGCUGUACUACCCAAGUAGACCUGGAUACACAGGAUUGCACGCGUCGAGGAGGGUGAUGGACUACCUGUUAUUCAUGAACAGCAAGGUAUUGUUCAAGAUCCUCCGUAAGGAUGCCGUUCGGAUGAGCCUGGUCAAGCCCGUCAGUGUCCACGUCAAUUAUCACCCGGAUAAGCUCCCACGCAUGCGCGCUAUUUUCGAAUACUACGUGCACGGAAUGUCGAAUGCGCUCGAUCCUUUCCCGGAUGGCUCUCAACGCCGCCGACGGAAACGGCAACGGUAACGGAAAGAAACGGCAACGGUAACGGCAACCGGUGACGGAACGGAAACGGUAACGGAAAGAGACGGCAACGGUAACGGAAAC